ACUAUAGCGUCAACGUUGUGUUUCCAUACGACAAAUAUUUGUGGCGGACUCAGCUGGCAACCUUCAUCCUGGGCGAAGAGCUGCAGUGGGUGGAGGGAUGAGCCGCUCUCCUGUGACCGGUCAGGGUGCGAAGGAAGCAAGCAAUGGGGUGGAAUCCUCUGAUUCUCUUAAGGCCUCUGAUUGGUCAGGAUCUCAUGGCUUCACCCUCCAGGGGAUAAAGUUCAUUGAUGGGGCUGAUUUUGAGCCUCACAUGGAGGCGUCUGCCCUGUCAGAGACUCUGAAACACACACCUCACCACAUGGACUCAUGUAGAGACACACACACACUCCAGCCACACACAGAUCACUCAGAAUCACAGCCUACAGAGUCACUGGUUCAACACUCCCAGUGCAGACAUAUUCCAACUGAAGAUGGCACAGAUGAGGACACGCUCUCCAGUGAGACCGAACUAACUCACGGCUGCUCUAAAAGAGAACUGGAAGAGUGGAGAGCGGAGGAGGUGAACAAUGUCAACAAGAGAGAUAUCAAGCAAAGGAAAGAGACGCUUAUUUCUGUACAGCCAGUGGAAGCACUCUCAACCGAACACCCUCCCACUCACUCUGAACCUAAAGAAUGGUCUAAUCCCGAUUCGUCGGAUGAAGUGCAAGCGAAUACUUCCAUUUCUCCUGAUGAGGCCCCUCCCCUUGUUCCAGCCCCUCCCCCUGACCAGGCCACACCCCCUCUGCUGCCAGACCUUGAUGAUUCUCCAUGCCCAGCUCACGUGAUGGCAGAGGUACGUGUGCGCUCUGUCCCAGAGCGAGAUCGAGUCGUGCGUGGCAUGCAGGACAGUAAAAGCCUGGAUGAGAUCAGUGGGGCGUGUGGGGGCGGAGCACGUGGAGGCGGAGCUAGAGGAGGCCAACCGGAAGGACGCCGAGCCACCAUAUCCAGCGCCCUAGAAUUGGAGGGAACCGUCAGCCAUGAUGGAGAUCUUACUCACUUCAUCGCCAAAAAUCUUGAACAGAAGAUUAAAAUGAGCUCACGGCCGAGUCUGGACACUGAUUCAGACUGUUCUGGGCCUGUGGUACGUGGUCGUGGCUCUUUGCGCCGUCCGGCUGAUAUUCCGCCCAUUGACCCAUCAGUGCUGGAAGACCUGCAUAAACACACACAAGAUGUGGCUCAGAGUGUAGAAUUGAUGCUGCGAAGCCUCAGUGGAACUAUUCAGAAUAUGACUGCAUUAAGUGUGGGUUAUAUCCAGACAUAUAGAGAUUCUGUGGACAGUUUGGGAGAGUCAGUGGACAUGAGUAUAAAGGGAAUGUACACACUCAUGGCACGGUGUGAGGAGCUGGAUCGCUCCAUGCAACCUAUACAUACUCUAGCUGCUCAGAUCAGAGACAUCAAACGAACCCUUGAUGCCCUGGAAACCAUCUGCAAGUAACUAUGGCAACAAACCACGCCCCUAACCGAGUGAGGACCCCGCCCUCUGCAGUCAUUCUGCUACAUACUGUGCAAUGGAACCAUUUAGCUAAUUAUAAUGUUUUCUAGCAAGGCUCUGCAAGUGCUCGCCCCCUUAGAGACAGCUUGGUUCUUGCCCUUCCCCUCGGAGACCACAUCUGUAAGCAAGCACCUCUUUUUGUUGUGGCUCCUCCCCGCUAGAAAAUCGCUGGUAAAACAGCAUCAACUUCUCCUUGUGAUUCAUGCCGUCCAACACCCUCCACAUGACCACAGGAAGGACCCUGUGUCAUUGGUGGCUUUUGGGCAACUGAUUGGUGUUACCAUUGCCCCUGUUUAUGAAGUGAGUGAACGCACGUAUCGGUGAGUGUUUUCACAGAUUGCAUCUAUUUGUAAUGGCCUCAAAUUUAAGACAGAGUAGAAGUGUAACACCAAUAUUUGCCAGUAGGGAAGCCAUGCUCUGUGUGUAUUUGUUCCACUUGGACGUCAGUGUUUCUGCAGGAUGGAUGCUAUGCAUCCCAGGUCAGUUCCUAAAUAUUUUCUGAUAUCUUUUACUUGCUCUCAUUGCCGUUUUAAACCUAUAUGGCUUUCUUUUUUUCAUGAACACCAUAGAAGACAUUUUGAAGAAUGUGCAUAUUGCUCUUUUCCAUACAGUUACAAUGAAUGGUUAUUGGAGAGUUAAAGCUUUAAAACAGAUGCAAAAUACCAUAACGUGUAUAAUGAUGUACAUUUUGGUCUGUUUCUCACACAAAGCUAUUGUGCACACAUCACAUGGACUACUUUUAUGGUCUUUUUUUUUAAGCUUGAAAGCUUGAGUCUCCAUUUAAUAAUUGCAUGGAAAGGAUGUUCUUCAAAACAUCUUCUUCUAAGAAAGUCAUACAGGUUUGGAAUGACAUGAGGAUAAUUAAAUGAGGCAAACAUUUUUAAUUUGUUGGAUGAAUUGUGCCUAAUACAAGCACCAUAUAGACUCGUCUAUGAAUUUUAGACUCUUGAUUUCCAUAUUGAGAGUCAUGACAGAUGUCCCCUUGAUUUAUUGUAUGCAAGUGUUUACCAAUAGAAACAACCACAAAAUUUAGAGGAAGGUGAGGAGAGAUCGGAGGUGGGUGUGAAAAAAAACAGGAUGGAUGAAAGUUUUAUUUUUGAAAAUGAAUGAUCUUUACCCUUCUCCGUUUGGCCCUGUUUAAUCCGUUUCUCUCUAUCUCUUUAUUGCUGUCUUGCUAACUAUAACCCUGAUUUGUCCAACAAUCUGUCAUUAAUGUGUAUUUUAAAUUAUUAUAUAAAACAAAAUAAAUUUGCUAGAAUGAUCUAA